UUUUCCAUUUGAAAGAAAUUGUCAUAAUUUGUGGUAAUAAUUUUUCUCAGAAAAUUCUAAACAUGUCGAAAUCCUAUAAUAAUUUAAGGCUAGAUAUCGGGGUUAAACACCACAUCGAAAAGACGUUGGACUACUAUGCACUCUACUGUCAGAAAAAUCCACCCCUCUUGGCUUUAAAGAUUUCACAGUUUUUCACGAUCAUCGACCCCUGGAUUUGGACUGCGUCAAUACUUCUCUCUGUGUAUCUGGGGGUCACCAAGCUAGGGGGGUAUUCCGAUAUUCCGAUAGCAUUUUUGAGGGUUUCAGUACUUGAAGGAAAAAAACUUACAUGGUUUGGGCUCCUUUGCAUUGUCGCGAUGAUUGCUGUCAGCGCGUCAUACGACGCUAUAAUUACCACCGAUAUAACGACACCGCUUGAAAAAUACGUUAUUCAAACUAUUCGCGAACUAUUGAAAGAAUUUGGAUUCAAAUUCUACGUCUCGUCGAACAGAAGAAAUAUAACGAGGUGGAAUUUAUCUGUACGAAAAUUGGACGAUUUCAUAUGGAAAGAAGGUAUAUAAUUCGAAUAAUUUUUAAAAACGAAAAUCUGUCGAAGUCAAAUGCAGCUAGAUCUGAAACAACAUAUCUAAAGCGAAUUAAAAAAAUGUGCUUUAUACAUAUUUUAG